CGACGAGGUCCCAGCAGGUCCGCGGAUUAUGUGCAGAUCAGUGUCGUGUGUCCUGCCUUACCAACUGACGGGGUAUGGUGGAAGGGCAUGCCAGAAUGAUCCCUUCUCUUUCUGCUGUUUUCCAUCGUCCUUUUUCUAGCUUCAGCGGUACCGUCGCACACAUAAGCAUUAGAUUUGUUUACCUUGCUGCCUUCGCUCCGGAUUUUCUACUUUGUGCAACGCCAUCCUCGUGGCGCAGGGAAAUUACUGGGGUACGUGGAAGGACUUCCCUUCAACCGGACCAUCCAGGAAAGGAGCUACUUUGAUGGCGUCAAACUGUGCCAGCCUCACUUUUGCGCGAACUGUCGGAUGGCAUUGGUGUGACUGGGGAGUUGACAUCAGUUGGACCCGUUGCCAUCGUAACGUGAACCUGUCAGUGAAGGCCAAGAAUCGUAUUCUGUGCAUCAUAGUAGCUAGGCAAGUGAUAAAGAAAGGACAUUUGACGACAUGGCGGAGAAGUGUAUUGUGAACAUCGAAUCUUUGAAUCAAGCAGAAUAUAGCUUUUUUGUCAAGUAGUGAAUCAAACAUUCCCCAUUAGAUUGAACCCGGAAGAAAAUUUUAAUCUUCUAUCCCGGAUAUUUGUGUUACUUUAUGUGAAUAUGACCUGCCGAAAAAAAUAGAGACUCUUGCAAAAAAACGUUUCUCUGUCGCGUGUAUUGUUCGCUUCAACUCUCCGGUAUUGGAAACAUCCUGUUCCUAUCAUCCCGCAGCGGAAGUAACAACUGAAAAUGGAUUGGGACAUCGUUGACAUCUUUAAUUUCCACCCGGAGAACCAGGAGCUUGACAUUGGCAUUCAAUCAAUCCUGCUGAGGGAAUCGAGCUUCAUCACAACACUUCCACAUGCUGAGGACGAAUCUUCAGAAUGCCACAACACACCAAUGAUCCAUUUAUCUUCAUCUUGGAAGCCUUCUAAAUGCAUAUCUCCAGCGUUGGAGCUUCGUGAUUCCCACCAGUUGUCCGACACAAUGUCCUGUUUAGAGGAGAUGGAAGUACUACGCGACAUGUUCGAGGAACCCAACGACAGUUUGAACAAGGCUGCCGUUCCCAUUUCACCUCCAGACAACUGCUCCAGGGAAUCUGGUCUGCGUGACAAACAACUUCACACUGACAACAACAACCUGCAGCCGAGGGACGAAAGGCCUUUCCGGUGUGCCAUCUGUCCCAAGGCGUUCCGACUUUCCUCCACACUGUCCGCACACAAGAAGCUGCACGACCAAAGAGGACCCAGUCUACGGUGUGAGACGUGUGGACGAGCCUUCACGCAACCCAGCGCUCUCUUCAGCCAUCGACUGCUGCAUCGGUCGGAUCGGCCACAUAGCUGCAGCCUCUGUGGAAAGCAGUUCGUUCGGCUGCAUGCCCUCAAGACACACGUGCUUAGUCACGCGGACGAACGACCCUACGAGUGUGACCAGUGUGGAAAAGCUUUUACCGAAAAGCACGUGCUCGUACGCCAUCGCAAGACGCACAGUGACGAGCGGCCCCAUGAGUGUGCCGUUUGCUCGAAAGCCUUCAAGGAGCGGUAUGACCUGCUGCGCCACACGCUCAUUCACAGUGGACUGCGGCCGCACAAGUGUCCCGACUGCUCCAAAACCUUUGUCCAAUCCAAUGCACUGAUUAAGCAUCGAAAGUGUCACGAACGGGAACGCACCGUUGGCCAUCAUCAGUUGAACGCAGCUUCCUUUGAUGUAACUAGGGUCGAAACUACGUGUUGCUAAGUGAAACAGUGACGGAGCGAGAAGCAACAAAUGUUAAUGUUGAUUUUCAGAGUGUAAAUAGAAACGUGUUUGAGCAAAUGUUAUUGUGAGUGUCUUUGGAAAGGCAUUCAGAGGAAGUGUGCAAUUAAAUAAAGUGUGUAUAUAUUCACAGACAUGCUUCUGGGUCAUCUUAAUAAUGGUUUCAUAUGGAAUAUUAAAUUGACGGACGCUCUGAAAAUGAAUGUUUUUCCUGUUUUAGUGACACUAUUGAACAAAGUCACUUUACAUUCCCUCACUAAAUUACCUACGCAAACAACUGAUGUCACCCCAAACCAAAGGGACGUUGUUGCUCCAUUCCACAAUGCCCCACAGUCCCAGAGGAAGGUUUUGUUAGAACCACUCUGUAAAGACUACUCCUUGCCCAGUGUAGUUCCGCUGAUUGUUAAGUAAACAUUUUGAAGAGGUAGAUUGUCCUGCAACGAAAUUACCUUUAAUAUGUUUGCACAGGAAAGUACAAGGCCAAUAGUU